UCUUCCAGUUGCCUGGUGGGACGGUUGGGUCUCAGCUUCUGAAACAGCUUCCUUAAACCAACAAGCCAACCAAGCUGUAAAGCAACCAUGAGCAAGUCCUACGCCUCCUCAGCCCAGAGCGCCUCAUCCUACCGCCGAACCUUUGGUUCUGGUGUUGGUUCAUCACCAAUGUCAUCCCUCUAUUCCUCAGGAGGAGGUCGAAGCUCUGCUUCCAGUCAUAUGUCUUCCAGAGUCUAUGAGGUCAAGAGUACCGCUGUCCCCUCCUUCUCCAGCUUCAGAGCCGGGGGAGCAGGAUUCGGUUCCUCUACAGCCAUGCGUACCUACAGUGGUGAGAAGCUCGACUUCAACCUAGCAGAUGCCAUGAACCAAGACUUCCUCAACACAAGGACCAAUGAGAAGGCCGAACUUCAGCACCUCAAUGACCGCUUUGCCAGCUACAUCGAGAAGGUACGAUUCCUGGAGCAGCAGAAUGCUGCAUUGACCAUGGAGAUUGAGAAGCUGAGGGUUCGAGAGGGGCCUGGCCGUGUGGCUGAGCUGUACGAGGAGGAAAUGAGGGAGCUGAGGAGGCAGAUUGAGGCCCUCACCAACCAACGUGCCAGGGUGGAAGUAGAGAGGGACAACCUAGCAGAUGAUCUGCAGAAACUAAAGCUCAGACUUCAAGAAGAGAUUCACCAGAAGGAAGAGGCUGAGAACAACCUGUCUGCAUUUAGAGCUGAUGUUGACAGUGCAACUCUGGCCAGGCUGGACCUGGAGAGACGCAUAGAGAGCUUGCAGGAGGAGAUUGCCUUCCUCAAGAAAAUCCAUGAGGAGGAGAUCAGAGAGCUGCAGAACCAGAUGCAGGACACUCAGGUCCAGGUCCAGAUGGACAUGUCCAAGCCUGACCUGACUGCUGCCCUCAGGGACAUCCGCAUGCAGUACGAAGCCAUCGCUGCAAAGAACAUUGCAGAGGCUGAAGAAUGGUACAAGUCUAAGGUGUCUGAUCUGAACCAAGCUGUGAACAAGAACAACGAUGCUCUGCGCCAGGCCAAGCAGGAAACCAUGGAAUACCGUCACCAGAUCCAGUCCUACACCUGUGAAAUUGACUCUCUUAAGGGCACCAACGAGUCUCUGCUGCGCCAGAUGAGGGAAAUGGAGGAUCGGAUGGGCCGAGAAGCCUCCGGUUUCCAGGAUACCAUUUCAAAGCUGGAGGCAGACAUUGCCAAGAUGAAGGAUGAUAUGGCUCGCCACCUGAGGGAGUACCAGGAUCUCCUCAAUGUGAAGAUGGCCCUUGACAUUGAAAUUGCCACCUAUCGCAAGUUGCUGGAGGGAGAGGAGAGCAGGAUCACCACCACCAUGCCUGUCCAGUCUGCCUAUUCCUCCAUUGGAUUCAGAGAGACCAGUCCUGAGUCCCAGCGAGGAUCUGAGGUUCACUCCAAGAAAACUGUUGUCAUCAAGACGAUUGAGACCCGUGAUGGAGAGGUCGUCAGCGAGUCAACACAGCAUCAGCAGGACAUCAUGUAAAGAGGCAACAUGAAAUGAGAAAUAAAAAUGAACAAAUAUCUAAGUCGUUUCCUACAUUACAAUUAGAAGAGAUGAGCUGAGCCAAUGUUUAUAAACAUGAAGAGUAUGAUUAUAAUAACAAUCUUCACUAACAUCAUGGCAUAGAAGCUGGCAUGGUGGCCUUAGUCUGGUUUUAAAGGAAGGGCAUUCCAGGAUUUGAAACUUUUUUUAGCAUCACUUUCUUCUUCAGAAGAGCAUCAAUGUAAACAGAAUGUUGUUGUUUAGCACCAAGGAUGGACAUUAUUGAGGCUCAAGACAGAUCAAUGAGUCAGUAACAGUGUGGUUAAAUGUCAAACUGAAAGGUAUCCAGAAGUUUAUUUGUGCACAAGUACAAGCAUAUGGUAAAUUAGUUACUUUUUUUGUUACUAAUUUAAGGGAUGUGUCA